AUGGAUGGAGGAGACAUCAAGGACAAUUGUAACAAAUAUUUUGCCUUGUUGCAGCAUUAUGGCGUUGGUAUUGCGACGUUAUUUGUGAGUGAAAACGGGAGUUUUUCAGAGCCUGUCUUACCUGAUGAACCGGUUCCUGUCGUUAUUGAUAUGAAACUCAUAUGGCUGAUCACAUGGAUUCGUGUGUUGGUGUUGCGUGGAGUAUUUUCUGCGGGAACCGCUAAUAGUGAUGUGUGUGUUGAUCGAACGGAAUGUGAAGAAGCCGUAAGUCCUGCCGAUCUCGCCAAGAAAUAUUCUGAAGGAGCAAAAGUUGUUUCAGAUCUGAGGCAAGAAGUUGAUGAAGCCCGAUUGCGUUUUCAACCGUGUGGCGGAGUGAACUGCUCGUGCUUUUUCUCAACGAUAACUUCCGACCUUGCUCCUUUUGUAAAUGGGGUAUCAAGGUUGCAGUUCGCUGAAGCUUUAAACAAAGGUGUCCGUUACGUCAUUGCGAAUGGCAGCGUGUAUCGUGAUGGGAAAUGUACUUUUCCCGCACGGUGCGAAGGUGUGGAAUACUUUUUCAAGAUGAUCUCUCCCGAAUUGUCCGUAAACGUUGAGCUUGUCGUGAAUGAUUUCGACUGGCCGAAAGUUCCAAAACGCGAAAAUUUCCCUCCAGUUUUCUCGUUUAGCAAGACGAAAGUUUACGGAGACAUCAUGUAUCCAGCUUGGUCCUUCUGGAGCGGUGGACCAGCGAUAUCGCUGUAUCCUACAGGCAUCGGAAGAUGGGAUCAGAUUCGGGUCGAGCUGCAAAAGGCGGCGAAAAGGCAUCCGUGGGGACAGAAAAUAUCGCAAGGCUUUUUUCGUGGGUCCAGAACCAGUGCUGAAAGAGACAGUCUAGUUCUUCUUUCACGGAAGGAACCGGAUCUUGUAGAAGCCAUGUACACGAAAAAUCAAGCGUGGAAAUCGCCAAAGGACACGUUGGACGCAGAACCGGCUCCCGAAGUUUCGUUUGAGAAGCAUUGCAAGUACAAGUAUUUGUUCAACUUCCGUGGCGUUGCGGCGAGCUUUCGGUUACGACAUUUGUUUCUGUGUGGAAGUCUGGUGAUACACGUCGGGAGCGAUUGGCAGGAGUUUUUCUACAGUGCAUUAAAACCUUGGAUACAUUAUGUACCUUUGCCUGAUAAUCCGUCCGAAGAGAAAAUCAGUUUUGAUGUUCGAACGCUAGGUGUGAAAAUGCGAGGAAUAGUGCGAGUAUCUGGUCGAGACCGAUUGUUACUCCAGCGCAUUUUCAACCACGGUUACUUGUCAUGUGCCGGAAUUUCCAGUGCGUCGAAAUAUUUGAAGCAUGGCUUAGACGAGCCUUUUCCCCGUAAAUAUGAUGCUCGUCAAGUGGAAGUCGGAUGGAACGAUUAUUGGGAUGCUCUGAGACGAGAAUCGAAUUCGAAUAGAAGACAAGAUGAGCGACCCACAUUCAGUAUGAUUCUGCCUCCGCCGAAUGUCACUGGGGCUUUGCAUCUUGGUCAUGCUUUGACUAUUGCCAUACAGGACGUUGUCAUAAAAUGGUACAAAUAUGGCGAUGAUAUUAAUGACAUAAUUCAAUUGAAUACGAUGAGGGGGCUGAAAACCUCAUGGACGCCAGGUUUUGACCAUGCGGGGUUAGCCACUCAGGUGGUAGUUGAAAAGAAAUUGAAGGCAACCAAAGGCGUCUCUAGACACGACGUGGGGCGAGUGGCUUUCUUAAAAGAAGUGGAAGAAUGGAAAGAAUUAAAGAGAGCGAGAAUGCGGGAUCAGCUGAAGACCCUCGGGGCAUCUUUGGACUGGGAGAACGAGUUCUACACGUUGGGGGAGAACACUUCAAAAUUUGUGAGGCAGUCAUUCGUGAAACUUUUCGAUGCUGGAAUGAUCUAUCGUGGAGAAAGAAUCGUCAACUGGUGUCCAAGUCUUUGCUCGACAGUUUCUGAGGUUGAGGUUGAUCGAUUGGAUCUGGAUGGUACUGGUCCAAUGCGGAUGGUGCCUGGAUAUGAUGAACCUCGCAACAUCGGGUUGCUCACUGUGUUCGAAUAUGAGCUCGAAAAUCCUUCAGAUGGACGCAUAGCUGUGGCAACGACGAGACCGGAAACGAUGCUAGGUGACGUUGCCCUUGCUGUACAUCCGGAGGAUAGUCGUCAAGCUGCUUACAUCGGAAAACGAGCGAAACACCCGUUUCUCGACAGACUUCUCCCAAUUAUCGCGGAUGGGUCCGUCGAGCCGACUUUUGGGACUGGCGUGGUCAAGGUCACUCCAGCUCAUGACAAGGCCGAUUUCGAGCUCAGUGUUCGUCACCGUCUGAAACCCAUUAACAUAUUCGAUGAUUGCUGUGCGAUGAAUGACAAUUGUGGAACAUUCGCGGGAAUGCCGAGGUACGAAGCUCGAGCUGCAGUGAUUGACGCCUUGCGCUUCGGUGGCUACUUGAUAUCUAGAAACCCUCAUCCUAUUUCAUUGCCGGUGUGUUCGAGAACGGGGGAUAUUAUUGAGCCUGUUCUUCGAGAGCAAUGGUUCUUGAAAUCUCGUGUAUUGGCCGAGAAAGUGCUGGCGUCGUUGCGUCAAAACGAAGUCAAGAUUUAUCCUGCUAGUGAAAAGGAGAAACUGGAAAGCUGGUUCAUCGGUUUGAGGUAAUGUU